AGCCUAGAACUUAAAGAAUAUCAAUUAGUGGCACGUGCAUAGUGUAUAUACAUGUGGGGCGGGAAUUAAUGUUCUGUCAGUUCUGAACUUCAAAAGUUUUAAUGUACCCUAGGUACCUAGCCUAGUACCUAGUACCCUACAACUUCAAUGUUGAACAAUGUUGAAUAACAUUGAAUCGCGUUUCAAUCUCCCACCUACGCGUACGACAUAAGCUUCAAAACCAUCAGAAUCAUGGCGCAAGAGCCACUCUUAGAUGAAGACUAUGCCUCUGAUGAGGACUCCGACUUUGUCCCCGGCGCGGCGCCAGUAGCAGCCGAUUCAGACUUAUCCGAAUCAGACGGCGAAGUUCAAUUAGUCGCAAUAUCCAGUACGAAGCUCAGUGCUGAUGCAGAUCCCGACACCGGCUUCGAAAACUCGGGCGAUGAAGCCAUUAUACAUAAAGGAAAGAAACGUCAAAAGAAGAAGCGAAAACAUGGCGACCUGGAAGAUGUAGGUGGCGAGGGUGGUCUCAUCAAGACUCGGAGUAUGCGAGCAGUCGAGAAGGCAGAGAAAAAGUCGCGCGUAGAUACUGGUCCCGUCACGAUCGAUGUGGAUGACUUAUGGGCAAAGAUGACGGCUGGUCCCUUAAUACCUUCCAAGUCCGAUUCAGACACGAAGGAAAGCCAACGACCGACACAAGAUGGCAUUGACGGACAACCCCAGGCGGAAAAGGACAAGACACAAACGGAGAAGCCGAGCGUAGCCGAACCACCUGUGAUGAUCAAGAUAAAACGUACAUACAAUUUCGCGGGAAAAGUGCAUAUGGAGGAAAAAUUAGUACCCCGGGAUUCGGCGGAAGCAAGACUGUACCUCGCAUCCCAAGACCCAAACGCGGUCGAACCCGUCGAAGCAGAGGACGACCAACUCAAGAGAAACCCACGAAAGGCGUUCCGAUCUAUAUUCGAGCCUGUUAUUGAAGGCUUGACUCAACGUUCGGAUCUGAACCUUGGCAUGGAUGUGAGGUUGCAGUUACGCGAGCAGGCCAAGGCAAAGAAAUUGAAUGUAGUCGAGAAGAGCCGGAUGGACUGGGCCGGAUUCGUGGACAAGGAGGGCAUCAAAGACGAACUCGAAUUAGCUGGGAAAUCCAAGGAGUCUUAUGUCAACCGACAGGACUUCUUGGACCGUGUCGCGAUUAACAAGGAAGAGGAAGCUAGACGAGCCAGAAUCGCUGGACGCGUUUGAAAAAUCCUGCAUCACCGUCAUUCGGAUCAACAACCACAAUUCGGAUCGUUACUGAUGGAGAUUAAACACAAUUACUAGCAUGUGUGUUAUUAUACUUAAUUAUCGAGCAUUUCAAGGAAACCCCCGAUGAAGCGAGAGUUGUUGAUUCGAAACAACUGCCUAGCUAUCACACUGUCAUGAAAACUUAGGGGUGAUGAGGCAAUGAUAUCGGGUAGAGUAGCACAAGAACGAAAUUUGGCGUCAAGAGACGAUGGCAGUGGGAAUUCCGUCAACUUGAAUAGGUUGAAUAGGUGGUCGAGAGGGUACUUAGAUUGGUCACAGGACGAAUUGGGUCUUUCGAAUGGGAUAGGUAUUCGUACGUGAUAGGUAUCCCCGGUUGAUAUUCAUACAUACCAUUACCCCUGCAAGCAUCCCUGUAAAUACGUGCCCAGUAAAUCGGUAGAAGCUUAGACCACCAACUUAUCGCUUGUGGUAACAGCCCCACUGUGACGAAGCUCCUGCCCCUCCAUGUCUUCAGCAGUACUA